CUGCUGUGCUCCAGCCACCACCACACAGCGAGCCAGGAGCAUGGGGCAGGUGGCCUGGAAGGCUUUCUUUCUCUCCCUUUUUGAUUAUAAAACGGAGAAAUACGUCAUUGCCAAGAACAAGAAGGUUGGGAUCCUCUACCGAGUGGUGCAGCUCUCCGUCCUGGCUUACCUGGUGGGGUGGGUGUUUGUUGUCAAGAAAGGCUAUCAGGACACAGACACAUCCCUCCAGAGCUCUGUCAUCACCAAGCUGAAAGGGGUAGCCUUCACCAACACCUCGGAGCUGGGGGAGAGGCUGUGGGAUGUUGCAGACUACGUCAUCCCUCCACAGGGUGAAAGUGUCUUCUUUGUCAUGACGAAUCUGAUCGUGACCCCAAACCAGAGGCAAGCCACGUGUCCUGAGAGUCCCAGCAUUCCUGAUGCCCUGUGCUACAUGGAUGAGGACUGCCCAGAGGGGAAAGCAGUGGUGGCUGGCAAUGGGGUUAAGACUGGCCGUUGUUUGAAAGACAGGGACAGCAUCAGAGGGACUUGUGAGAUACUGGCCUGGUGCCCAGUGGAGAAAAGAUCCAAGCCCAAGAAACCUCUUCUUGGCAGCGCAGAAAACUUCACUGUUUACAUCAAGAACUCAAUUCGCUUCCCCAAGUUUAAGUUCUCCAAGAUGAAUGUGCUGGCCACUGACAACGAGUCUUACCUGAAGACCUGUCGCUACAGCAAGGAGCAUCCCUACUGCCCCAUCUUCAUCCUGGGGAACAUCGUCCAGAGGGCUGGGGCCAACUUCCAGGAAAUGGCCUUGGAGGGUGGUGUGAUAGGAAUUCAGAUUGAAUGGAACUGUGAUCUUGAUAAAGCUCCUUCUGAAUGUAAUCCUCACUAUUCUUUUAGCCGACUGGAUAACAAGUCUACAGAAACCUCCAUCACUUCUGGCUACAACUUCAGGUUUGCCAAGUAUUAUCGGGAUGCUGAGGGAGUCGACUACCGGACGCUCAUUAAAGCCUACGGAAUCCGCUUUGAUGUGAUGGUGAAUGGCAAGGGAGCUUUCUUUUGUGACCUGGUGCUGAUCUAUCUGAUCAAGAAGAGUAACUUUUAUCGAGGCAAAAAGUAUGAGGAAGUAAAGUAA